AUGUCGUCGCCUCCACCAUGGUAUGCAUCGAACUCACUUCAAUCAGCAGUACUACAAGCAUGGAAGACCGUGGUGGGACCGGCGGUUCUGUUAGCGUUCGCAUCAGCGGCUGGAUUUUCGUUCGCUGAUUACGGAAUUCCUGAUGAACGCUAUGACAACAAAGCGUAUUUGCAUAAGGAAUUUGAGCAUGAAAGCGAUAGUGCUGACGGUUGGGAAACAUUGGUGGAAGAGGAAGACUUGAAAGUUUAUAGAAGACGUGUGCCUGGCAAAUACGAAAUGUACGAAUACAAAUGCGUGGGAUCAUAUUACGAUAUUAGUCCGAAUUAUUUUCUUGACGUACAGAACGAAGUGGAAUUCAGAAGAGAAUGGGAUAGUAAUGUAAUGUGCUUGGAACUGUUGAAGGAGGAGAAUGAGCACGAGCUAAUACGUUGGGUGCAGAGGUAUCCAUAUCCGUUGUAUCCUCGAGAAUACGUGUAUGCACGAAGAACGUGGGUUUCUGAGGAUUCUCAUACAAUCAUUGUUGACAGUGAGGUUGUUCCAACACAUCUGAUCCCAGGAAGUCCAAAAAACGUCCGGGUGGCUACGUAUCGCUCUCGAAUGGCUGUAAGAUCGCAUAAGGAGCUAGACGACCACGGUCUUGAUUUUGUCCUAACCUACUUCGACAAUCCUGAAGCAAACAUACCACGGUCUGUGUAUAAUUGGAUGGUUAAUCAUGGAGGGCCUUAUUUUUUGCGACAG